AUGGCAAACCAAAUUCUGCUAUUUGCUUUGCUGGCUGCAGCCACAUUUGCUAUAGCCAUUGCGUUUGAGCCUAGUCCACUUCAGGACUUCUGUGUCGCAGACCCUGCUAGCCCAGCAAGGGUAAACGGACUAGUUUGCUUGGACCCCAAGCUUGCUACUGCCGAGCACUUCUCCUUCAAAGGCCUUCACCUACCCGGCAACACAUCGAACCCCGUUGGCUCGAAGGUCACCCCAGUGAAUGUCGUCCAGAUCCCGGGCCUCAACACCCUCGGCGUCUCCCUUGCUCGGAUCGACUAUGCACCAUACGGCGUCGUCCCUCCCCACACGCACCCUCGCGCCACCGAGAUUUUGACCGUCCUAGAAGGCAGCCUCUACGUGGGGUUCGUGACCUCAAACCCUAACAACGCCCUCAUCUCCACGGUUCUCAACAAGGGCGAUGUCUUUGUUUUUCCUGUUGGGCUUGUCCACUUCCAGAAAAGCGUCGGUUAUGGGAAUGCCGUUUCGAUCUCCGCCUUGAGCAGCCAGAACCCGGGUGUCAAUACAAUUGCCAAUGUCGUUUUUGGCUCCAAACCGAGCAUUGAAAGUGAUGUUUUGGCCAAGGCUUUUCAGGUUGACAAGUCUAUAAUUAGCCGUCUCCAAUCACAGUUUUAA